AAACUUGCCCAGAUAUGUGUGUGUAGACUGAGUUCAGACACGACAACUUUUGCUGCGGCAAAUCGAGUUGUGGUAGAUUUCAAAGAAAUACUAUAAUAUAAACAAAUUUUAAACUUAGAUUUUGUGUAUAUUUUUGUAGUAAUAUAUACGCUGAUAUGAAUGUCAAACUUUAAUUUUUUUCAAGGACUUCUAAAUAACUGGAUCUUCGAGAAAUUCCAAGGCAAAUUUGAUCACAACUACUAUACCAGGGUAGGUAUCCAAUUUCUAAAAUGUAUUAUCGUCUGGUGUCAAAUAUUCCCAAACAACCGUCUAAUGAGAGUUCAAACGAACCAAUAAAGUUCUUUGGAAGCAAAGCUGCAACCUGGCGUGCACGUGAUACGAGAAGUGGCGGUUCUGAGGACACGUUAUGGUUUCAACCUUAUGUCAUUUCUGGAAGUUUGGCUGUAUUUUUACUAUAUUUUUGCGUACUUCGAGAGGAAAAUGAUAUCGACAAACGGCUAGAAGGUAACCUGUUUGAUCAAGUUGCGGGUCUGGAAGAAGUACAACUUACCGUAAAUUACAAAUAUAACAGAGAGAAUGGUUUGGACACUUCAGAAAUUGAAAAACGAUUAUUAGAACUAGGAGUCGACAUAAAGUUUUUGGAUAUACGCUAAGAAUAAUUGAUACUAGAAUACGAUGAUAGUAGUGAACAGUAACUAAAACUAAAUUAAUAAAUGAUGUACAUAAGUUUUCAAAGUCCCUCAUGGUAUUUUAUAGAGCAAAUCUAUUUUAAUGUAGUUUUUCAAAAUAUCGAUUAAGAUAAUGAAAAUAAAUAAUUUAAUUGUCUAUGCAA